CUUCAGUGAUGUGUCAGAGAGAAUGGUAGCUGACUGAUACAUACAACAAAAGUUGCCUUUGUACACUGGCAACAUGUCACACAAUGGAUGGACUUUCCUCGUAAUAUUAUUUACCUUUGGUUCAUGUGAAUCAAUCCGACCCAUAUGCAAAACAGAUGACUGUAAGAAAAACUGCCGAUAGAAUCCUGAACUACAUGGAUCCUUCUGUUAGGCCCUGUGAUGACUUCUACAAAUUUGCUUGCUGGAAAUUCCUGGAAUCCGCAGAACUCCGAGAUGAUAUGACAGAAAACUCUUCGUUUAGCCAAGUUAAUGAUAUACUGGAAGAUCAGUUGAAGGCUAUAGUUUUCGAAGAGUCAAGACCUGAUGAACCUUACCCAUACCAGACAAUGAAACAUUUGUUUUAUCUUUGUUUAGAUGAAGGUAUGACCGACCAGCUAUUACUCUGCCAGGACAUCUAUUGA